CUCAUUCCUUUGUUUUCCACCAAAAAACGAAGCAAUGGCUAUAAGGAACACGAACAAGAACAACGGUACGCCUCCGAAUUCAGCAGCCCUCAAGCAAAUCCUCAAGAAGUGUCCGACGUUUGGCAAGAAGCACGACGUGCCUAAAGGGCAUUUUGCAGUGUACGUGGGCAAGAACAGGAGUAGAUACGUCGUUCCUAUAACGUUUUUGGCGAAUCCCGAGUUUCAAAACUUGCUGCAAAGAGCAGAAGAAGAGUUUGGAUUUCACCAUGACAUGGGGAUAACUCUCCCUUGUGAUGAACAAGAUUUCUGCUUUUUGAUCUCCAUGAUGAGAUGAGUAGCUGGUUGGAGUUUAUCUGAAUUUUCAGAGUAAUUGAUCAUUAAUCUAUAUAGAGUAAUUUAGUAUAUAUAUCAAUGCAGACUAUCUAUGUCUCUAUCUAAUCGACUGAGUUGAAUUCUUGAUUUCUUAGUAUGAGC